CUGCCCACACUCAAGAUGGCGGCGGCGGUGGGCGUGGCUAGUUACUCACAGGCUGCGAGGAGGAGUGGGAUCAUGGCGGCAGCCGAGGAGCGGCGUCCUGGAGAUGGGGAAGAGGAGGCAGAGCAGCUGGUUCUGGUGGAAUUGACGGGAAUUAUUGAUUCAGACUUUCUCUCAAAAUGUGAAAAUAAGUGCAAGAUUUUGGGAAUUGACACUGAGCGGCCCAUUAUGCAAGUGGACGGCUAUGUCUUCGCUGGAGAGUAUGAAGACACUCCUGGGACCUGUGUUAUAUUUGAAGAAAAUGUUGAACAUGUGGAUGCAGAAGGUAACAAUAAAACAGUGCUAAAAUAUAAAUGCCAUACAAUGAAGAAGCUCAGCAUGACAAGAACUCUUCUGACAGAAAAGAAGGAAGGAGAAGAAAACAUAGGUGGUGUGGAAUGGCUGCAAAUCAAAGAUAAUGAUUUCUCCUAUAGACCCAACAUGAUGUGUAGUUUUCUACAUGAAAAUGAAGAUGAGGAAGCAGCCCCAGCCCCAGAUAAACCUCUGGAGUUGGAAGAACAAGAGAUUCAAAUGGAAGAUAAUUCAAACCUGAAUUAUGAACAGGAGAAACCACCACACUUGGAAAUAGAGCAUUCCGUUCCUCUUACCAGUAUUUCUUCUGAAACAGAAAGUUCUGUUUUUAUGGAAACUCAGGAUACUGCCUUAGAAAUCACUCCUAAAUGAAAUGUUUUUUGUAAUAAAUAGUGAUGAACUUUGAAAAGUUUUAUAUAAAAUAAUUACCCAUGAAGCUUUCGAUUCACUCUUUUAUUAUUUUUAUUGAUAAUAUUUUCAAUUACAGCUACAACUUAAUACACCAGAGUCAUUAAGAACCAGAAAUAAAUGGAAUUUUUAAAUAUUGGUUAAAAUGACUAUAGGAAAACUUCUGUAAUGAGUCCUUUAAAUUAGAGAUUUUACUAAGAUAAGUGUAUAAGUUUUCUAUUGCAGCUAUCACAAAUUACGACAAACUUUGAU